UCAAGGGGAGGGAGUUUUUUUUCUUUCAAAAAAAAAAUUAGGGUUUAACAGAUUUGAUGGCAAACGAAGGAGGGUCAAAGAAUUUGGAGGGGAUACUGAAAUGGAGUUUAGCUCACAGUGAUGGGACUCGUCCUUCUCGUGAUAUAAGUGAGGAGGAUAAAAGAUGGUUCAUGGAAGCUAUGCAGUCUCAGACAGUUGAUGUGGUCAAAAGAAUGAAACAGAUUACUCUUGUUAUGAAGACUCCUGAGAAUGUAUUGGAAGAACAAGGUGUUACUUCUGCAGAGAUAGAAGAUAUGUUGGAUGAAUUGCAAGAGCAUGUUGAAUCCAUUGACAUGGCAAAUGAUUUGCAUACAAUUGGUGGUUUAGUCCCCCUUCUUAAACACCUGAAGCACUCGAGUGCAGGCAUUCGAGCAAAGGCUGCCGAGGUUGUAACGACCAUAGUUCAAAACAAUCCUAAGAGUCAGCAACUUGUAAUGGAAGUGAACGGUCUAGAACCUCUGCUCGUUAAUCUUACCUCAGAUCCCGAUGUGACUGCUCGAACCAAAGCUCUUGGUGCAAUAUCUUCUUUGAUUCAACACAACAAACCUGGAGUUACUGCAUUCAGGCUGGCAAAUGGUUAUGGAGCGUUGAGGGAUGCAUUGGAUUCAGAUAAUGUUAGAUUACAAAGGAAAGCUCUCAACUUGGUUGAGUACCUGCUACAAGAGAACAGUUCAGAUUGCAAUGUGAUAACAGAACUAGGAUUUCCUCGUACAAUGAUGCAACUUGUGUCCAGUGAAGAUGUAGAGGUAAGAGAAGCAGCACUCGGGGGUCUUCUUGAGCUUGCUAAAGAUGAACAAUCUCGGACCAGCACCAGCAGUGUCGCCAGCAGAGACAGUGAAAUGUUGAAACAAAUACUUGAGCAUAGAGUUAAAGACAUCAGUGCAAUGGCAAAGGAAGAGCUCGGUGCAGUCACUGAAGAAAGACGCCUAAUUGACUUGUUAUGGAGCGUUUGUUAUAACCAGCCAUCCUCUCUUCGGUAGAAGGGUUUACUCGUUCUUCCAGGUGAAGAUGCUUCACCACCUGAUGUUGCCAGCAACUUCUUCCAACCUCCCCCUGCAAGCCUUGACUGUAGAUACUAAAAGCACAGGUCAGAGGAAACAAGAUAAGAAGAUAAACCGCCUCUGCUGUAGAACAGUUACAGUUUGCUUUGGGGUCAUGGGUUUUUUCUGGUAUUACUGAUAUUAAAGAAUGUAAUCCCAGUAUCCUGUAACCUUUUGCCUUAAUUUAAAAAGAAAAAAGAAACCAUGCAACCAACUUUGCAUA